AUGGCCAAGCUCAGCACCAGCAGCAGCAACGUCGAUGAUGGGUACGAAUACGAGGAAGAAUACAUCAAGAACGCGCGCGGGAUGAGGCUCUUCACCUGCCGAUGGCUCCCCGUCAAUGCCACACCAAUCAAGGCCCUCGUCUUCAUGUGCCACGGUUACGCGGUGGAGUGCAGCGUGACGAUGCGCGGCACCGGCGUUCGGCUCGCGCAGGCCGGCUACGCCGUCUACGGCAUGGACUAUGAGGGCCACGGCAAGUCGGACGGCCUCAGGGGCUACGUCCCCUCCUUUGACGUCCUCCUCGGCGACUGCGCCGCCUACUUCACCGCCGUCGUUGCUAAUGCUAACCAAGCAGCAGGGCCGCCGCUGCCACGGUUCCUGCUGGGCGAGUCCAUGGGCGGCGCGGUGGCGCUCCUCCUCCACCGGGCGCGGCCGACCUACUGGACGGGCGCCGUGCUGGUGGCGCCCAUGUGCAAGAUCACGGAGGAGAUGAAGCCGCACCCUGCGGUGAUCAAGGUGCUGGAGGCCGUGACCAGGUUCAUCCCGACGUGGAAGGUGGUGCCCACCCGGAACGUCAUCGGAGCCGCCUACCGGACGCAGGCCAAGCGCGACGAGAUCCGCCGGAACCCCUACUGCUACAAGGGCUGGCCGCGCCUCAAGACGGCGGAGGAGCUCCUCCGGGCCAGCGUCCGCGUGGAGAGCGAGGUGCUCACGCAGGUGACGCUGCCCUUCCUCGUCGUGCACGGGGGAGGCGACAGGGUCACGGACCCCUCCAUCAGCCAGCACCUCUGCCGGGAGGCGCCCAGCACGGACAAGACGCUCAAGCUCUACCCGGGCAUGUGGCACGCGCUCACCUCCGGCGAGCUGCCCGAGAACAUCGACAAGGUCUUCAUCGACAUCAUCGCAUGGCUCGAUCACAGGUCCGGUCCGCCCGCGCCCGAGCCCGAGAGGGACGACUGA